UCCAAGUCCAACUCUCUUUCCCCCUCAGUGGUUAAACUGCGUUGACUGGUAUAAAAUCUCUCCUUUUUUUUCAACUUCCUUCUCCAAUUUUCUUCUUUCCAACGCACCACCCUCCUCUGCCCUAAUCUUCCCCUCCCUUUCGCCGGAGAACUGUCGCCUUUACCCUCUGCCGAUCAACGCCGGUUCUUAUCUCGUCGGCGACUUCCUUUUCAGCCUUAGCUGUUUCUUGAUUUUGUUCUCUGUAGGUCCAUCUCCGGCCUUGUUACCAAGAUAGGGUUCAGGAAACCCUAGGUAUUUUCUUUGCUAUUGGUGCUGCUGCGGGAUGAGCUCAGAGAUAUGUUUUGGAGUCCUCCAGCUCAUUGGCUUAUUUAACCUUAUAUUUGUCUCGUUGGGUGAUUACUGAUUAGUUGGCCACUUUCCUUGUUUUUUUUCCCCCUUUGUGGUUGCUGUUUGCUUUGGAGAGUUUUAUCGAUAUGAAGAGGUUGAGGUCUAGCGAGGAUCUCCAUUCGUACGCAGACAAAAAUGGCUGCAAGGAUUCGAAUCUGAAUCGAUCCUCGUCCUCUUCACACCGAAGCUUUUACUACAAACCUGAGAAUGUACGGAAGGGAUUACUUUCCUCAUCGUCUUCGGCGUCUCGGUAUGACAGGGAUCGAACGAUGGAUGAGGAUCGGGAAGGCUCCCGGUUGGUCCGGAAGCGAUCAGACCAUGAUUUUGAUAGUUUUGAUCGGAGAAAGGGGUUUGAUCGUUACAGGGACUCUGGAGAUAGUAGAGGAUACGGAGCUGGAGGGGAUAGGGGUUUGAUUCGGUCGGAGAGUUUUUGUGGCUCUAGGAGGGAUUUUCCGAAGGGCUUUCGGUCGGAGAGAGACCGGUCCAGGCGGGAAGGCAGCGUGUCUUCGUGGCGGAGAUUUGGUGGUGGAUUAAAGGAUUUUGAUGACAGUGGCAGGGGUAGCAGGGUCGGACUGGAAGAUAGAGUAGUGCGGUCUCCGAAGAGUUUGAGGGAUGUAAAAUCCCCGACACGGUCCAGAGAUUCAGAGAGUGAUCAGUCUAAGAUGAGGUCUCCUCCGAGAGGGUCAAGAGAUGCAAAGUCGAAGUCGAAGUCUCCAUCUUGGUCCAAGGAUUCAGAGAGUGAACAGUCGAGGAGUGAGCAAUCGAAGAGUGUUGAGGUGAAGAAAACUGAGGAAUUGCAGGUUGAGAGCCGGAGUAGUAGUGAAAUGGAAGAAGGAGAACUGGAGCCAGAACCCAUGCCUGAAACAGAACCACAAAAGGCUUCGAAUGCUGCACCUAAGGAUGAAGACCAGACCUCUAUUCCUUUGAACGCUGCUGAGAAGGAGAUCCAGACUGAAAACCAGCUCAAUGAGACAGAUACUACCAUGCAUGAAAUACCGGAGGAGCUAAAUAAAGAAGAGGCAAAACCAGAAGAGGAUACCAAUCCAGCUGAACAGAAUGUGGAGAAAGAUGAAAUACCGGAGGAGUUGCCAGAUCUUCAGAGUGAUCCAACUGUUAAAGUGCAUGACACUGAAAAUGAAAUUGAAACUUCUGUUCAUAAUGAUAACAAGGAAGAAGACGGUUUGAAAGUCGAAACCUCAUGUAAGGGGGAAACAAAGGAAGGUGGCGAGCAGGAGAAGCCAUUGCUUUAUGAAGAGAAGCAUAAGCAGGACAAGGGUAGAGAUCUUGAAACCAGCGCAGACUCUGACAAACCAGAGCUACGGAAGGAAGUUUCAACAAAAAAUGAAAUGCUUAAAGCAGAUGGGAAAAUGACGGAGACUGUGACCAACAAUGUGAAGGAUAAAGGCAAAAGUGUCUCUGUUGCCCCUACUGAUAUUGCACAUCCUUCUGAAGAUGGUUUGUGGAAUGACAGAGGACCAAGAGAUCUCACUGCAUGCUCUGGCGACGCCAUGGAAGGUCCAAGCACAAGGGGCUUUGAGUUGUUUUCCAGAUCUCCUGUUAGGAAAGCGGAGCAAACUGACCAAUCAAGCCUUAGCAAACAUAAAGGUGGAAGUCUUUCAAUGGAGGGGCUUGAUCUUUCUCUUAGCUUGCCUAAUGUUUUGUUACCUAUUGGUGCCCAUGAGACUACACCAGCCCCUGGAUCCCCCAGUCAAGCUCGUAGUGUACAGUCUUUAAGUACAUUUCGUACCAACUCAGAAGGAUUUACUGCGUCAAUGUCUUUCUCAGGUUCUCAAUCUUUUUAUCACAAUCCAAGCUGUUCUCUCACACAAAAUUCUGUCGACUAUGAACAAUCUGUUCAUAGUCGCCCAUUAUUUCAGGGAAUAGAUCAAGUUUCUCAUGGAGGCUGGCAAGGUCAGUCUCAGACUGAUCCCAAACACAAAGAAAUUCCUUUCUGUCAAGGAACCUUGAUUAAUGGCACCGGCACUUUUUGUCAGUCUCAAGCAACGUGGGGUAUUUUGGAUGGUCAAGCUGUGAAAGGUCAGCCUUCUAGGGUUCUAGAAGGUAGCUCAAAAAUGGCCAGUGGACUUGACAGGCAAUUGAGUUUUCCUAAGCAGCUGUCAGGACAGUCAAGGCGCCACGAUGAUGUUAGAUCUCCUUCACAGAGUGUUGGUUCUCAUGACAUUGGAUCAAGUUAUAGUUUCGACAAGAAGAGAGAAAUGAGAGACAGGAGUAAUGGUAGUUUAUAUAGAUCUGCAAGCCAAAAGGAUCAAGAACAAUUUCCAAUGGGUGGAACUGAGUUUGUUGAAGCAAUCAUUGCAAAAAUAUUUUCUGAACCAGUUCUUGUGAUGGCUAAAAAGUUUCAUGAAAUGACUGGGCAGUCUCUAUCAUGUUUGAAAGAGAGCAUUUGUGAGAUUAUGCUUAAUGCAGAGAAGCGUAGGCAAAUACUUCCAUUUCAGAAAGUUCUGCAGAACAGGUCUGAUAUAACCUUGGAGGUUUUACUAAAGGCUCAUCGAGUUCAAUUGGAAAUUCUGGUUGCUUUGAAAACAGGUUUAACUAAUUUUAUUCAGUUAGACAACAGCAUUUCGUCUACUGAUUUAGCCGAGAUCUUUCUGAACUUAAGAUGUAGGAAUCUUUUAUGCCGAAGUCAGUUGCCUGUGGACGAAUGUGAUUGCAAAGUUUGUGCACAGAAAAAUGGCUUUUGCAGGGAAUGUAUGUGUCUUGUUUGUUCAAAGUUUGACAAUGCAUCAAAUACAUGUAGUUGGGUCGGGUGUGAUGUUUGCCUUCAUUGGUGCCAUACAGACUGUGGAUUACGUGAAUCAUAUAUUCGAAAUGGACACAGUGCUACUGGGGUACAAGGGGUAACUGAGAUGCAAUUUCAUUGUAUUGCCUGUGAUCAUCCUUCAGAGAUGUUUGGUUUUGUCAAGGAAGUGUUUCUAAAUUUUGCAAAGGAUUGGUCAGUUGAAGCUCUUUGCAAGGAACUUGAGUAUGUGAAGAGAAUAUUUUCUGCCAGCAAAGACUUGAGGGGGAGACAGCUGCAUGAGGUUGCUGGUCAAAUGCUGCUAAGGUUGGCAAAUAAGUCUAACCUUCAAGAUGUUUAUAACCACAUCAUGUCUUUCCUAAAUGAUGGAGAUUCUUCCAAAUCAGCCUUGACACACAACUUUCCUGCGAAGGGACAAAUUAAAGAAAAGAAUGCAGUUGCUGAGCCCAGUCAGGAAGCUGCCUGGAUGAAAUCUAUUUAUUCCGAAAAGAUGCCUUUGUUAGAAAGGCCAGCAAACAUCCUUUCGAGCUACGACCGGAAUGAUAAACGGACUCCACCACAAGAGUUGCCGAUGAAUGUCCAAAAGGAUUAUUGUUUUGAUGAAUUGGAGAGUGUAAUUAAAAUUAAACUGGCAGAGGCUAAAUUGUUCCAAACACGUGCGGAUGAUGCCAGAAGAGAAGCUGAAGGCCUGAAACGCAUUGCUCUUGCAAAGAAUGAGAAAAUUGAAGAAGAAUAUGUUAGCCGACUCUCAAAGUUGCGAUUGGCUGAGACUGAGGAAAUGCGUAAACAAAAAUAUGAAGAACACCAGGCAUUGGAAAGAGCGCAUGUGGAGUACUUUAACAUGAAAAUGAGAAUGGAAGCAGACAUUAAUGAUUUGCUACUGAAAAUGGAAGCGACCAAAAGGAGUCUUGCCAUGUGAAAAUUUUUAGUCUAGCUCUCAGGUAAAUGAAAUGUUUGAUUAUGAAAAUUGUAGGUUUUAGUUUUAGUUCAUCUUAUUAUUGUGAGUUUCUGUAGUUCUUGGUUUCUAGGUGUAUCUAUUUGUUGUAGUAGUUCAUUUUAGUUUUGUUCUGCUAACCAGAAUCUGCACAGAGAUCACAACAGUUAUUAGUCUUAUAAAAACAGUUCCAUUCAAGAAAGCAAUUUAAAGAAAUGAUUAUGAAAUUUGAACAUA